CUCACCAAAGCUUCCUCCCCAGUCCUCCCUCCACCCUUCCUUUCUUCCUCCCGGCGUCCCCGGUUUCCUCCACGGCUCCACCACCCAAAGGGAGGAGCAAAGCACGUCAAAGCAACGAGCUUUGCCUCGAUUCCCGGCCGAACCCCACCACCAUUACUUUCACCUUUCCGUUUAUUCUCCAAGAGCAGCAGGGCGCAGAGCUCGCAGACACACACACGCACCACGUACAUGGCGCCGGCGGCGGCGGACGGAGCCCCGGACGAGCCGGUGCACAAGGGCCGGACCAACACCAUCCUGCUCCCCAUCCUCGGCGUCCUCUUCGCCUACCUGCUCUACCGCUACCUCCUGCCGCGCCUCCGCGGCCUCCGCCUCCAAGACCGCCUCCCGUUCCGCCUCCCGGUCCCGGCCUGCCUCCGCCGCCGCAGCGACGGCGCUACCCGAGGCGCCCUGCUGCCAUACUUCGCGCCGAUCGCCGACCGGCUCGGCGCGCUGCAGCCGUACCUCGGCCCCAUCGCCGAGCGGCUCGGGGUGGUCCCGGUCCCCCACGGCGCCGGGCACGCGGACGCGCUCGUCAAGUUCCCCGGCGGCGAGGCGCUCACGGUGGCCGCCAUCCUCGAGGCGCCCGGCGAGGUGGUCGCCAAGUCCUCGCACAGCACCGUCUACCGCGCCGCCAUGCGCUCCGGGGAGGCCGCCGUGCUGCUCCGCUUCGUGCGCCCCGCCUGCGCCGUCGGGCCGGACGAGGCCACCGCCGCGGCGCGCCGGAUCGGCGCGGUCACCCACCCCAACAUCGUGCCGCUCCGCGCAGUCUACGUCGGGCCCAGGGGCGAGAAGCUGCUCGUGCACCCCUUCUACGCCGCCGGCUCGCUCCACCGCUUCCUGCAAGAGGGCAUCGCCGACUCUCAGAGGUGGAAGAUAAUCUGCAAGCUCUCCCUCUGCAUCGCCAAGGGGCUGGAUCACCUGCACACAGGGAUGGAGAAGCCGAUCGUCCACGGCAACCUCAAGACGAGCAACAUCCUGCUGGACGCCAGCAGCGAGUGCAGGAUAUCGGACCACGGCCUCUACCUUCUGCUGAACAUCGGCGGCGCCCACGAGAUGCUCGAGACGGCGGCGGCGCAGGGGUACAAGGCGCCGGAGCUGAUCAAGAUGAGGGACGCCACCAGGGAGAGCGACGUCUACAGCUUCGGGGUGGUCCUGCUCGAGAUGCUCGCGCAGAAGGACUCGGCGAAGAACGACGGCGACGGCGCGCCGAGCUCCCGCGACAUCUUCCUACCAGCGUCGUUUAAGAAUUUGGUGCUGGAGAGGAAGAUCUCCGACGCGUUCAGCUCGGACCUCGUCAGGCAGAGCAGGAAGGCCGGGAACGAGAAGAAGCUGAAUGCGUUCUUUGAGUUGGCAACGGCAUGCUGUAGCCCUUCGCCGUCGCUGAGACCCAACACCAAGGAGAUAAUCAGAAGGCUGGAGGAGAUAGCGAAGUAGAUCAGUGUGGGUAGGCUUCGUUCAGCAGAUCAACAUUGCGGUAUAGCAGUGUGUACGAUGGUGGGAGUGAUGCAUCCAGCCGUUAGACCAGACAAGGCUGAAGGAGCAACUGAAGUUCAUCUGGAAUAUGUAUAGUCUUCAUAGAGUGUGUAAACGCAGAGGAGAUCAUCAUCGCAGCAUAUGACAGGGAUUCCUCCAAGUUCGUAGUAUUCUCGUCGUGCUUUGCUUAAAACCGAUUAUGUACAAAAUGUUCAGAAAGUGAGAAAGGCUUCUGCUGCAUCUUCACGCUUCAA